GUGAACAGAAAACACGUGUUUGUGUUGUGUAUUGAACAUUGACUGCAAAUCAUAUCCAAUUGAAAACCAAAACCGCAUUUAAUUGUCGUUAAAAACUAAUCAUUAAAUUAAACACAACUUUGGACUCAAUUUAUUAAUACAUCGGAACCAAUGGGUCGACGGAAGCGAAAGUCCAAGAAGGGGUCGAAAGGAGGGGCCGAAGAGCCGGAAGCGCUGACCAAAGCUCCGCACAGUUUUGUCAUCAAAAGGGGAAAAGUGGGCAAAAAUGUGAACGAAUUGAUGGUCAACUUUCGCCAAGUGCUGGAACCGUUCACAGCG